CUCUGAUCUUGAACAUUGAGUAAUGUCCUCUAUUUUCACUAUGCUUAUAUAACCUAAUUGACACGAAAUGACCACCAAAACGUCCACCAUCCUCCGCCGCGCCCUCCUCUACGUCCCCUCCUCCUCCCCCAAAUUCCUCGAGAAAUCCCGCUCCCUCACCGUAGACACCGUAUCCUACGACCUCGAAGACUCCGUAACGCCCUCCCAAAAGGCUUCCGCGCGCACCAACCUAUUAUCCUUCCUCUCCACCCCUCGUCCCCCAAACAUCACCGAGCUCAGCGUACGCAUAAACGCCGUCUCCUCCGGCCUCGCGCUCUCAGACCUCUCCACGAUCCUCAAAGCCCCAAACUUGGAUGCGCUGGUAAUACCAAAAGUAAACCGCGCCUCCGACCUCCACUUCGUAACCGAUGUGCUGCGACACAAACUGCCAGAGCGACACCCUUCAACUCCAACCUCGGAAUCCAGCCCGCUGAAGAUAAUCGCUUUGAUCGAAUCAGCGGAAGCGAUAACGAAUUUAAAUGAGAUAUGUAAGGCCUCGCCCUACCUAAGCGGUCUCAUCUUCGCAGCGGAAGAUUUCGCCCUCGAUUUAUCAUUGACACGAACCCCGGGACUGCUCGAAUUUUUAUAUGCGAGAAGCGCGAUCGCUACCGCAGCACGAGCCCACGAUCUCCCAUCCACAAUCGAUUUAGUCUGUACCUCGUUCCGCGGUCCCGAGGGGCUGAAGACGUUAGAAGACGAGUGCUUACAAGGCAAGGGACUGGGGUUUAAUGGCAAGCAGUGUAUACAUCCUAGCCAAGUGGCGGUUGCGCAGCGGGCGUUCGCGCCAGGCGAGAAGGAGGUGGAGUGGGCCGUGAGGAUCGUGGUUGGUGAUGAGAAGGCGGAUGCUGGCGGACGGGGCGCCUGGACGCUGGAGGGGAAGAUGAUUGAUGUCCCUGUUGUGGGCAAGGCGAGGGCGACGGUUAGUAGGGCGGAGUUGUGUGGGAUUGAUGUUGAUGCUGUUAGAGAGAAGUGGAAAGAACAAGAGCCUGAGUGAGAUUUCUGUUCUUGUGAUUCUUGGAGCGUUUGUACAUACACGUACCAAAUGUAUACCAGACGAAAGUAUAAACUGAGAUAUUAGUCCCUGUCCGGCC